UGUAGGCACUUACCACCUACCUAUCGUUACCCCAGCUCUCUCCAAUCCCCAACAUUCGACGAAGCAAACGAUUACAUCCGACUAACCUCGAAACAACGUUCUCCUGCCGCAUCGCGUGUCCUUCUUCUGAGAGCCCGGCAAGAGACAGGCCACGCCCUGUGCGGCGGAUACAUCCACCAAGGCGCACAAAUGGCGACCGCAAUCCCUUCGAUAGCCUGCAUAGGCAUCAUCGGCCGCAACAACAACCCUCUCCACAUCCAGAUCUUCCCCUCGCACAACCCCUCCACAAACACCUUCGCGCCGAUUCGCACGCCGCUCCAGUUCUCCCUCCUCCUCUCCUCGACCCUCGACAUCUUCGAGCUCCGCCACGGCGGCGGCGGCGGCGGCAACGCCGCCUCCGGGAACGCCGCCGCCGUCGCGGGAUCCAGCGGCACGGGCCUCUCGGGCGAGGUCGGUCUCCUGCACGCCGUCGACGAGCGCCUCGCCGCCUACGGGUGGGAGACCAACACGGGGGUCAAGAUUGUCGUCGUCGUAGACAUGCGCGGACGCCGCGUCGCGGGGGGCGGGAGCGCGGCUGCCGAGGCCGCGGCCAAGGGGCGGGGCGCCGUCGGGCUGCGCGAGCAGGAGCUGCGGGUCGUCUUCCGGGCGGUGCAGAGCGCGUACGUGCGGCUGCUGCAGAACCCCUUUUAUGAGCCCGACGAGCAUUCUCCCGUGUCAGGGCGGGGCGGGCGGGUGAUCAAGAGCAAGAAGUUCGAGGGGGAGGUCAGGAGGAUCGGGGAGGCGUGGACACCCGGGGUCACGAACCUCUAGGCCGAAUUU